UCUAGAUCACGACAAUGUCAGGGCGCGGUGGCCGAGGCCGGCAUUAUUCCGGCGCUCGCUCUAAUCCAUCGCGGGGCGGAGGCGCCGGGACUCAGACUCCUGCUUAUUCUCCACCAGCGGCCUCGUCAAGUUCGGCUCCUCCGGUGGCUUCGCUGAGUAGCGAGAUGGAGCAGAAGUUGACACUGGAGACGACGACGGACGUGGCUGUCGUGCCGCCGGCGUCGUCGAAGGCGGUGAGCUUUCCGCAGAGGCCGAAUUUCGGGACGGUCGGCAAGAAAAUUCAAGUCAGAGCCAAUCACUUCCUGGUACAGGUUGCAGACAGAGACGUUCACCAUUACAAUGUUACCAUAACCCCAGAAGUUGCAUCCAAAAAGAUCCACAGGGAGGUGAUAAACCAACUGGUCUGUUUGUAUUCCGAGACGCAUUUAGGCAAGAGAAUUCCUGCUUAUGAUGGCAUGAAGAGCCUCUAUACAGCAGGGCCAUUGCCAUUUUCCUCCCAGGAGUUUGUUGUCAAAUUACUUCCAAAUGAUGGUCGUGCUGCAGCUGCAGGGUCUUCAACUUCUUCGAAAAGAAAGGAUCGAGAGUUUAAGGUGGCUCUCACUUUGGCUAAUAAGCCAGACCUUUAUCAACUACAACAGUUCUUGUGCAGCCAGCGUGUUGAAACACCUCAAGAGGCAAUACAAGUUCUUGAUAUUGUUCUUAGAGCUACACCAUCGGAAAAGUACACUGUUGUUGGGAGGUCAUUUUUCUCUACUGAGCUUGGGCCAAAAGGCAGUCUAGGUGAAGGUUUGGAGUACUGGAGAGGUUUUUACCAGAGUCUACGCCCAACCCAGCUAGGACUUUCCCUUAAUAUUGAUGUGUCAGCGAGAUCUUUUUUUGAACCCAUUUUGGUGACUGAGUUUCUUGCUAAACAUUUUUACCACACUGAUCGUUCCAAGCAUUUGCCUGAUCGUGAUUGUAUAAAGGUGAAGAAAACCUUGAAGCGGGUCAAGGUAGAAGUUCGUUUAAGGGACUGGACCAAAAACGAAGAAGUUAAGAGAACUUACACAAUCAAUGGACUAUCUGCAGAACCAUUGGAACAGUUAAGGUUUACUUGUGAAGAUGAGAACACAUCAGUUGUGCAAUAUUAUCGUAAGAAGUACAAGAUUGAUCUCAAAUAUGUAGCUUGGCCAGCCAUUCAAGCUGGCAAUGAUUCAAAACCCGUAUACUUGCCUAUGGAGCUUUGCUCAAUUGUUGCUGGGCAGAGAUACACAAAGAAACUGAAUAAAAAACAAGUCACUAACUUACUAAAAGCAACUUGUCAACGUCCUCGGGACAGGGAAAAUAAUAUAACACAGAUGAUUAGGGAGAAAACCAACAAUAGAGACGAUAAAGAAUCUCUUAUAAGGAGGGAAUUUGGAUUACAAGUGAGAGAGGAAAUGGCAUUGGUUAAAGCUCGAGUUUUACCAUCUCCACUGCUUAAAUACCAUGACAGUGGUCGUGAAAAGAGUGUUUAUCCCCAGAUGGGGCAGUGGAACAUGGCAAACAAGAAAAUGGUCAAUGGAGGUAGAUUGCAAGUCUGGGCAUUUGUCAAUUUCUCCAGAGUAUCCCAAGAUAUUACUUUUGAGUUUCUUUGGGCUUUGGUUGAUGUGUGCAACAGUAAGGGGAUGGAGUUUUCUCCCCAACCCUUGCUUCCAGUACAGUUUUCUCAUCCUGCACAAAUUGAGAGGGUACUCAGGGAUAUUCACAAGUUGUCUGAUCAGAAAGGACGACAACUUCAGUUAUUGAUUGUCAUUUUGCCUGAUCAAAGUGAUUCAUCUUAUGGGAAGAUCAAACGAACCUGUGAAACAGAAUUAGGAAUUGUGUCUCAGUGCUUAGAGCCCCAGAAAAUAAAAAGGUGGAAUACACAAUAUUUGGAAAAUCUUGCCCUUAAGAUCAAUGUGAAGGUUGGUGGACGAAACACUGUUUUAAAUGAUGCAAUUUAUAAGAAGAUGCCUGUUGUGACCGAUCGCUUGCCCACAAUUAUAUUUGGAGCAGAUGUUACUCAUCCAGCAGCCGGGGAUGACAGUAGCCCAUCAAUAGCAGCAGUCGUUGCCUCAACGGAUUGGCCAGAGGUCACAAACUACAGAGCAAUUGUUUCGGCGCAGCAUCACCGCGAUGAAAUAAUCGAAGAUCUCUAUAAAUCACACAAAUCUGAGAAGGGUUUGGUUCAUGGAGGAAUGAUAAGGGAACUUCUCGUUGCCUUCUACAGACAAAAAAGAUUAAAGCCGUCGAGAAUUAUAUUCUACAGAGAUGGGGUUAGUGAAGGCCAGUUCAGUCAAGUUCUGUUACAUGAGGUGGAUGCUAUAAGAAGGGCCUGUGCCUCUUUGGAGGAAGGAUAUAUGCCAACAGUAACGUUUGUGGUGGUACAGAAAAGGCAUCAUACUCGCCUUUUCCCUGCUGAUCAUAGCAAUCGUGGUCAGAUGGACAGGAGUGGCAAUAUUCAACCAGGUACUGUUGUUGACACCGAGAUUUGCCACCCUACAGAAUUUGACUUUUAUCUCAACAGUCAUGCUGGAAUCCAGGGAACGAGCCGUCCAGCACACUACCAUGUUUUGUUUGACGAAAACAGAUUCACUGCCGAUGGUUUGCAAGUUUUAACAAACAAUUUAUGUUAUACGUACGCAAGGUGCACCCGAUCGGUUUCUAUAGUGCCACCUGCUUACUAUGCUCAUCUGGUAGCUUUUCGAGCACGGCAUUACAUUGAGGGUGACUCAUCCGAUGGAGGUUCUACAACUGGUGGGGGUGCACAGGUUCUCCGAGCCCUUCCGGAGAUCAAAGAAAAUGUGAAAGAAGUGAUGUUUUAUUGCUGAUCAAUAAUAAAUUCUAUUAUCUAUCAAAAAAAUGAUAAUAAAUUCUAUUAUGUGAUGGUGAAAAUGACGAUUAUGUAGUGUAUUUUUACAGAAAUCGUAUGGGGAGUGAUUUUACAUGUA